AUGAUCCGACCAUGGACCAUUGGUGUUUGGUUGGCAAUUUUUGGUCUUUGCAUCGCCAGUACUGUACAGAAAGAGGCAAUGGAUUCACCCAUGCCGGUAUUGCACCAAUCCAGCUUCCAAGCUUGCAGUGCUAUCUCCCCCAUUGGCCAAUGUUACAAGGCAUUCCCAAGCAACUGCUUUUCAUCCACUGUACUAGCUUCUCCGCUCUUUGCAUGCGUUCUUUCGCAGCUACUCCUACAAUAUACACAAGGAGGUGGAGUCCUCCCUAAAGCUCAACCAUCGGAAGAAAAAAGAGGUCCGUGGGGCUUCUGUUUUGAAAAAAUGUAA